AUGACUUCUGGCGGAUUGUCCACGUGGUUUAUGUGUGUUACGAUCAGUGUGAUUGGUCUACUCAUAUUAGUUUCAAUUGCACUGAACGCUGCCAGUCUUCACAUAAUUAAUAAACGAUUCAAUGAGAUAAAAAAUAAUGAUGGUACUCAACAUCUGACCACAGAUCCAUCCAUCACAACUAGUACGACGAGUCACAGCUCUCUCAAUUUGACUCUGGCCGAAUUAGUUCACAUUGCCGAUGUAAUGGGACACCUCAAAGAAUUGCAACGUAUUGCCAUCGCAGAAAAUGGCACUCGAGCUAUCAACACACGCGGUUUCAAUCGAACACUCGACUAUAUUACUGAUUAUCUUUCUGCCAACACGAAUUAUAAUGUAACCAAGAGGUAUUUUCCAAUAAGAAACUUUCAACUCGCUCGCAAUCCAAUCUUUGUAUCGUCAAUCAAUGGCGCUAUCAGCAAUUACAUAUAUUCAACUGAUCUUUCGAAAGCCGACUUCUAUCAUAUUGUCUAUUCGACAUCAGCCAAUUUUUCUGAUUAUGUUUCACUCACUGCGAUCCCAAAUUCAGGUUGUUCUGAUGCGGACUGGAUAGUGGCAAAUCCACCGCCAGCUAGUCGAGCAGUACUGAUCAAACGAGGCAUUUGCGACUUUGAGCAGAAGGCGUUGCUUGCUGCCAAUUAUAAUGUAACCGCUCUUCUGAUAUACAAUGAUGGCGUAUCACCUGAUCGCGUUCAGCCGAUUGCUAUCAGUCUGGAUCAGAGGAAUGCGUUGCCAGCACUCUUUCUCUCGUCCAACCUUGGCCAAGCACUUGCUGAUGCAAGUGUAAAUCUGUCGGUAAAUGCAAGUGUUCGCAUCGUCAUCGAUUUAAUUGACAUACCACCUUAUCCUGUGGGUAACAUCUGUGCUGAUACACCAACAGGAGACAUCACUCAGACGAUUGUUGUCGGCAGUCACAGUGAUAGUGUACCAGCUGGACCUGGUAUCAAUGAUAACGGCAGUGGCAGUGCGGCCAAUCUGGCAUUGGCUGUCGCACUCGCACGUCUCUUUCAAACAUCGAGCUAUGCAAAGUACCAAUAUCGCAUUCGUUUCUGUUGGUGGGGCGCUGAAGAAAUUGGACUUCUUGGUUCGGAUUUUUACAUUAAACAAGCUAAAAAUUCCACUGUUCCAGGUGAGCGCAUUGCUGACAACUUAGUGAAUCUCAAUUUUGACAUGCUUGGCUCUCCUAAUUACAUCUUUGGAAUUUAUGAUGGUCGAACACUUGGUAAUGUCACACCGUCAACCGCUAUUCCAGGCAGUAGAAAGAUUACAGAACUGUUUCACGAAUGGUUUAAUAUGCAAAACUUGCCCCGAGACAAUAUUCCUUUGCAUGGUGGCAGUGAUUAUGUGCCUUUUUUGGCAGCUGGUAUCGCCAUCGGUGGACUCGUCAGUGGAGCAGGCACGAUCAAAAGACAAGAACAAUGUGAUCGUUAUGCUGUACUUCUCGGCCCCGAUCCAACUUGUAUACCAAAUGCUGCUCUAGAUGCAUGCUAUCACAAGGCCUGCGACUCAAUAUGGAAUAUCAACGUAUUUGCCUAUGAAAAGAUGGUACAAGCAGCUGCCUACGCCCUUGAAUAUAUGGCUCGUCAAGAGAACUUGAAAGAAUGGCUCUAUCCAACAGCAGAGAUUGGACGACUGAAUCAACAAUCGCAAGAACAGAGCAAGUUUAAUUCAGUGAACGAAUAUUUUGGAAUGCCUUAUUUCUAA